AUGGCCGGAGGCAGGACGGCAAACGAGGUUGGCGCGCGUGAGGCCACGCGCUCGUCAAGUGUACCAAGUGCCGUGUUGCACACCAUACUUCAAGCGAUCAGCCAAGUUACGGACGUGGCUGCCUUUCUCAACGCGCUACCAGUGUCGACGCUACCAGUCGAGCUCAUCGCGCUGCGAGACCUCGGUGCCGCCGUCAGCCUCGCUGACCACUGGCCGGGCGUGUACGGGACCAAGAUCCCGGUCCACUACGCUCGCCUCGGUAUUGCUGCGCUGCCUGAGUUCUCGGGCGUCUACAUUGACGCUGGCUUUACGCCUCUCGAUUGGCUCGACGUGACGUUGCCGCCAAUGAUGCCGGUGACGCUGGUCGUGGACCCUUCCGUGUCGAGUGUCCCCGGCGCCUUUGCCUACAACUGGGGCGACCGAAUUUCCCACAUCAUCACAAAGAACCGCCGAGUCGAUCCGAUCUGUGACCUUCUCGGUCGCUGCGUCAACGUCCAAUCGGUGUCGAUUUGGCGACACUUACGACGACGCCAUCGCGCAACAUUCUUAUCGCUCUUGUGCACCCGCGUGCGCGACCCGACGGCGCUGGCUACUGCGAUCCAAGUCUGCUCGACGCUGGCGACCUUGCGUCUGGACUGCGUUGAAGACAUAUACGCAGCGCUGGCGUCGUUGCCAUCGACCUUGCAUCACAUCACGUCGCUCUCAUUGAGCCAAUCGUCGGAUCAGUAUGACAUUCCCAUACUUGGCCUUUUUGAGAAGCUCGACCCAACCAAGCUGCUGUCCUUGUCCAUUCGAAACAACUAUUACCAAGCUCUUCGGUUGCGCGACGUCGUCUGCAUCCUUGGCGUGUGUCCCUCGCUCGAGUCGGUGUGCCUUGAAAACUGGACGCUUCCCGCGGCUUCUACGGCGGGCGCUUGCCCGCGCCUCGGUAGCGCCACGCUGUGCUAUCUUCCGUUGGAUGCCGUGAGGGACGUGACGACGAUCAUGGAGUGGCUCUCGACCUCGCACCGCCUCCGCACAGUGGUCUUGACGGGCACGGUGCUCGGCCACAACGGCGUUGCGGCGCGAGCGCUGCCUGCAUGGAUGGCACGCGGCCUCGAGACGUUGGGGCUCGAUGAAACGGAACUGGGCGACGAUGACGCUAGCGUUCUUGCAACUGCGCUCGCCUCGGGCAAGAACCGGCGGUCGCUGACGAUCGAUGUGUCGUCGAAUCUACUGACGAUGGCGUCGGCGGCCGUGCUACUGACAGCGCUGGGGGCGUGCUGUGACGUGGCGCUGCGUUUGAGUAAUCCUUUUCUGAUGUUGCACUACUUGCCCGCUCAAGGCCGACAUGUGGAUGAGGGCAAGAACACCAAGAAAGCACUUGUGGUCGAGAAGCCAAAAGAAGAAGUGAGCUGA